AUAAAAAAUGGACUCUACUCAAGUGAAUGAUACCUCUGUGUUUCAGGUUAUGCACUUGCGUUGGAUAUGACUGCGAGGGAGAUCCAAGCUACUGCAAAGUCUGCAGGCCUGCCAUGGACUGUUGCUAAGGGCCAAGACACAUUCACUCCUAUCAGCUCAGUUUUACCAAAGUCGAUGGUGCCAAAUCCCCAUGAUAUAGAAUUGUGGCUGAAGGUUGAUGGAGAAAUUCGGCAAAAGGGCUCGACAAGUGAUAUGAUAUUCAAGAUCCCAUUUUUGAUUAGCCACAUAAGUUCUAUCAUGACUCUUCUUCAGGGAGAUGUUAUUUUAACUGGGACUCCCAAAGGAGUUGGUCCUGUUAAGGUAGGCCAAAAGAUUGAUGCUGGCAUAACGGGUCUCCUGGAUGUUCACUUUGAUGUUGGAAGGCGCCCAGGAGCAAAACAACAAUGAUUCGCCAAAAGUUAGCUUCUUUUUUCAUUUGUUGAAUGCUUGAACCACUUCUUUGUUUUAAGACAUCCCGGAUAUGUUGUACAAUAAUAAAAACACACAUUAAACAUUUAGAGCUACUUGUAUGUUUUCCGAAAAAUUACAAGGUGAAA